CAGCAGAAUUCUGGUCAGUUUGCAUUCUGUAAAUGAAUACAAACAAGCAAUUUGGAGCAACGCUUUGUGGAAAGAGAUGGCCUAUGUCAGGGAGGUGGCAGUAGGAAAUGGUAAAAGGUCAGGUGGUCAUGAUGGGAAGCCCUCAAGAUUUCCUGAUGGGCUGGAGAUGAAAGAGGAGGGUCACAGAUGAUUAUGCUUUGGGCCUGAGCAGCUGGAAAACAGGGGCCAUCAGCUGUGGUGGAGGGCAAAGGCUGCAGGUGGAGCAGAGUUCAGUUUGGGGCAUGUUUGUGAUGUUAGGUGGGAGGGAGGUCUGGGCUGGAGAUGUAAACAUGGGCGGGCUGGCAUAGACAGUGUGGAAGCCUACUUUAGGUGUCCUCGGUGGAUAAGUGAUGGGUCAAGCUGGGCUCCGCUCUUAGGUAUCCCUCGCUGCUUUUCUUGCUUACAGGUCUUCUUCUCAAGUUCCUUCACAUUCCCUACCCCUUAGCUGGGGAGGGCCAGAGUCAGAGCCUUCUUCCUAAGGAGAAACCAGGGGCCCCACCCUCCUGAGGAAGGAGAUUCUUUUCAUGUCUCCCUGCAGUGUUCUUCCCUACCCCACUGCUCACCCUUCCCCAGGGCCUAGUCUGCCCAGGCUAUUACCCACAGACAGGGCUGGAAAGGAACCUGAGCCGCCUGCCUGCUCACACUAAAGUACAGCAUGGGGACAGGAAAAACCUUGUCACUGUCACUUUAAGUCGCCUGAGGGAGGGGGUCCAUCACCCCGUGUUCACCAGUUGAGGAAGACUGAGAGAAGGAAGUGGAGUGAGUUGCAGAGAGCACCGGGCCCAGCUGCUCCUGGGCCUGCUCACGCAUGAAAGCUUCCUGCAAUGAGAGCGGAAACACAGGUGCAGUCCCCACCACGACAGCCCCCAGAGCCUGGGCCAGAGGGGAGCCAUGGACAGGCCCCGAGCCCUGGUUCUGCUCUUGGCACUGCUGACACUCUGCAUCACUGCCGGAACCCCCGAGGUGUGGGUGCAAAUUCAGAUGGAGUCCACCAAGUCCCCAUUCUUCACUGUCCGCUGUGGAUUCCUGGGAUCUAGCACUAUCUCCCUGGUGACUGUGAGCUGCGGGGGGCCCGAUGGUGCUAGAGGGACCAAGCUGGCUGUGUUGCACCCAGAAUUAGGCAUCCAACAGUGGCCCCCUGCCAGCCAGGCCCACUGGGAAACCAGAACAAGCAUCUCCCUCACAAUGGAAGGAUCUGAGGGGAAAAGCUCCAGUCCCAAUACCACCUUCUGCUGCAAGUUUACUUCCUUCCCUGAGGGCUCCCAGGAGGCCUGUAGUAACCACCUCCUUGACUCAGACCAAGGGCUCCCUGCCCCUACUCCAGCCUCUAUUCUACGGGCAGACUUGGCCGGGAUCUUGGGGGUCUCAGGGGUCCUCCUCUUUGGCUGCAUCUACCUCCUACACCUACUUCAUCGACAGAGACACUGGUCUGUCAUGAAGCUUCAGUCAUCUCUCAGCAGCCCUCAGGCACAGACACGAACAAGGGUAAAGACGGGGAUCGUUUUGGAGCAGGGAACAGAGUGGGUUGGAUCUGGGGGCCGUGAGGUGGAACCUCACUUGGGCUUCUUUCCCCAUCACCCCUGCAGGCAGCCAGCCAAGCCCCCCUGGCCUCUCUCCACAUCCCCUAUGCCACCGUUGCCACCAACUACUGCCCAACAGCUCUGGACACGGUCCUCCCACCCCAGCCACUGUCUGAGUGGGUGCCGCUCCCCACCCACACAGCACACCACCCUGCCCCCAGGACACCUCUGUCAGCCUCUGCUCGAAGCAGUUUCGUCUUUGUCGAAAAUGGACUCUAUGCUCGGGCAGGAGAGAGGCCUCCCUACACGGGCCCUAAACUUAUCUCUUUCCCUGACCCUCUGGGGCCCAGAACUAUGAAGGGGCGUUUAGGAGUUCAAUGACAGGGGCCCCAAGUCCACUUGGCCUUCCUCCCCUCCCAGGCUUCUGGGACCCUUUUCUGUUGG